AUGCUGGCGCUGCUGGCCGCCGGCGUGGCGCUCGCCGUGGCCGCCGGGGCUCAGGACAGCCCGGCGCCCGGCAGCCGCUUCGUGUGCACGGCGCUGCCCCCGGAGGCGGUGAGCGCCGGCUGCCCGCUGCCCGCGAUGCCCAUGCAGGGCGGCGCGCUGAGCCCCGAGGAGGAACUGCGGGCCGCGGUGCUGCAGCUGCGCGAGACCGUCGUGCAGCAGAAGGAGACGCUGGGCGCGCAGCGCGAGGCCAUCCGCGAGCUCACGGGCAAGCUGGCGCGCUGCGAGGGGCUGGCGGGCAGCAAGGAGCGGGGCGCCGCGGCCACGGGCAAGGACACCAUGGGCGACCUGCCACGGGACCCCGGCCACGUCGUAGAGCAGCUCAGCCGCUCGCUGCAGACCCUCAAGGACCGCCUGGAGAGCCUCGAGCAUCAGCUCAGAGUGAACGUGUCAAAUGCGGGGCUGCCCAGCGACUUUCGUGAGGUGCUCCAGCGGCGGCUGGGGGAGCUGGAGAGGCAGCUGCUGCGCAAGGUGGCCGAGUUGGAGGAGGAGAAGUCCCUGCUCCACAACGAGACCUCGGCUCACCGGCAGAAGACGGAGAACGCCCUGAAUGCGCUGCUGCAGAGGGUGACUGAGCUGGAGCGAGGCAACAGUGCGUUUAAGUCGCCAGAUGCAUUCAAAGUGUCCCUCCCCCUCCGCACAAACUACCUGUAUGGCAAGAUCAAGAAGACACUGCCAGAGCUGUACGCCUUCACCAUCUGCCUGUGGCUGCGGUCUAGCGCCUCGCCGGGCAUCGGCACUCCGUUCUCUUAUGCGGUGCCUGGGCAGGCCAACGAGAUUGUGCUGAUAGAGUGGGGCAACAACCCCAUCGAGCUGCUCAUCAAUGACAAGGUCGCUCAGCUGCCUCUGUUUGUCAGUGAUGGCAAGUGGCACCACAUCUGUGUCACCUGGACGACGCGGGAUGGCAUGUGGGAGGCGUUCCAGGAUGGGGAGAAGCUCGGCACUGGAGAGAACCUGGCCCCCUGGCACCCCAUCAAGCCAGGGGGUGUACUGAUCCUCGGGCAGGAACAGGACACUGUUGGGGGCAGGUUUGAUGCCACUCAGGCAUUUGUGGGGGAGCUCAGCCAGUUCAACAUAUGGGAUCGUGUCCUUCGUGCACAAGAAAUUGUCAACAUCGCCAACUGCUCCACAAAUAUGCCGGGCAACAUCAUCCCGUGGGUGGACAACAACGUUGACGUGUUUGGAGGGGCUUCCAAGUGGCCUGUGGAGACCUGCGAGGAGCGUCUCCUUGACUUGUAG